AUGUAUAUGAGCUCUAGCAACAUCGUCAACAUGAACCAAACUCGUGUCCUUAACAUGCUUGUAAUAGUCGGGCAUGUGCUUGCAGAUAAACGGGCCCGUGACCCAAGUGGGCAACACGCACACGAGAUCCAGCCCAAGCUCGUAGGCCCAAUCAAUGGCCGCUUUCUCAGCCAACGUCUUGGUGACAAAGUAUGGGCCCCCAAAAGGCCUCUCCCUCCUUACAAACUCCACAUCAGUCCAGGAACUCUCGUCAAUCAGGCCCGAUGGGCCCGUUUUAGCUCCCACACAUGCAGCCGUGAUGCUGGAGGUGUACACCACGCGCCUAAUGGUCUUGACAUCCGCGCAGGCCCGCAAGAUGCCCUGCAGGCCCGUUGUGACCCGUUUGAUCUUCACAUCCUCGGGCUCUGUCUCCUCAAAAUCCAGAGGAUGGGCCACGUGGAAAAGCCCGAUGCAGCCAUCGAUGGCGGGCCUGAAGGUCUCGGGACUGUCGAGGUCCGCAUUGAAGAUGCGUAG